AUGGCAGAUAGCCAUCUAGUCCGUAGCGAAAACCACAACGCGGUAAACAAUGGGUGUCAAGACACGAUCGUGACUUUUCGGGAGCGCUCUAAAGGCUGUUAUGUAACACGGUUAAAAGCUGUGGCGCUCGUUCUCACAGCAUUAGGGGCGUUGUUGUUGGUGGCGCUCUUGGCGGCGUUUUUUGGCCGCGUUUGGUGGUGCCCAGAAGACAAUGGCAACCAGGACAAAGUGGUUAAUGACGGGAUAGUGGCGUCAACGCCAUCCAGCGACCAAAACUUGCCAAUAUCUGACAAAAUACGCUUGCCUUACUCGUUGAUUCCCCAUCGGUACCAGGUGGACUUAGUGGUGAAUUUGACAGGUUUCAGUUUUUCUGGCUCAGUCAGAAUAGACCUUCACGUGGAUAAAUCCACACCUUUCAUCAUCUUUCACCGGCAUGAAAAGUUAAACGUCAGUGACGCGUCUGUAUCCGUGACUGAUUCGGACACCCUUGAGGAACGUGAAAUACGUUCAACUUUUCGGGUGCCACGAAACCAGCAGUACGUCGUGGAGCUAUCGGAACCCUUGAAAAAAGGAAAAGACUAUUCUCUGCACGUGGGUGCUUUUGACGGACAUUUAACGACAGACAUGAGAGGACUCUACCUGAGCUCUUACAAAACAGCCUCCGGAAAAGUCAGGUAUUUGGCAGCAUCUCAACUGCAAUCGACAGAUGCCCGAAAAGUCUUCCCGUGCUUUGACGAACCUCACUUUAAAGCCACAUUCACCGUGUCCAUAACACAUCAGGACGACUACCGGGCGCUGGGGAACAUGCCGGUGAUUCGAUCACAGAUAUUACGUAAUGGAUGGAUAAAGACGUCGUUUCGAGAGUCACCGGUGAUGUCGACAUAUCUGCUAGCCUUUGUCGUGUCCGAUUUCAAAUACAGAGAGGCCUUCAUGGACAAUCUUCAGAUCAGAAUAUGGGCACAGCCGGAUAUGAUUAACCAAACAGAAUUUUCUCUCGAUUACGCUGUAAAAACAUAUCGCUUCUUUACCGACUACUUUGGUGUGAAGGAAGUUGUACCGAAAACAGAUCAUGUUGCCGUUCCAGACUUUGGUGGUGGCGCCAUGGAAAACUGGGGUCUCGUGAUUUACCGCGAGACUUCACUGCUUGUUGAUCCUCAGGCCUCCUCUAGCGGUGACAUGUACUUGGUCACCCUCAUCGUGGCCCAUGAGAUUGCUCACACGUGGUUUGGAAACAUGGUGACGAUGAAAUGGUGGGAGGAUUUGUGGUUAAAUGAAGGAUUUGCUAGCACGUUGAUGUUCUUUGCAAUGGAUCACAGUUACCCCGACUGGAAGGUGUUCGCCAUAAUGGUAGCAGAGGACAUUUUCCCUGUCAUGGUCUCCGAUUCUCUAGAAGCGUCACAUCCCGUUUCUACUCCAGUUGACCACCCCGAUGACAUCAUGCAGUCAUUUGACCUCAUUUCAUACAAUAAGGGAAUGGCCAUAUUGCGGAUGUUGAAAGGUUUUCUGGGCUGGAACCAGUUCAGGAAAGGUUUGCAGAACUAUGUGAAGAGAUACAAGUUCAGGAACGCCGAGAUGCGGGAAUUGUGGGAAACCUUCACGGAGACUGUUAACGGUUCUUAUGACGUGGGGAAAAUAAUGGACACGUGGACCAUACAGAUGGGAUACCCCGUGGUGUCCGUCAUCGAUGAGGGAAACCGCUACCUGCUACAGCAAGAUCGAUUCAUGCUUAAUUCACAGGCUCUAGUCAACGAGUCGGAGACCCCGUUUAAUUAUAAGUGGUAUGUCCCAUUCACCUACAUCACUCAGGAGCGGCGAAACGACGUUAAGAUUGAGUGGAUGGCCAUGGGGUCAGCUUGGAUUAACAAAGACAAUGACGGCUGGUUGUUGGGGAAUGUGAACUACCAGGGAUUUUACCGUGUGAAUUAUCAGGAAUCAAUGUGGGCCAAACUCACCAAGCAACUCAGGGAUGACCACACGUUGAUUUCCCAGUCUAACCGGGCCGGCCUCAUUGACGACGCCUUGAACCUAGCCAGAGCCGGCCUUUUGGAUUACAACGUUGCCCUCAAUGUAACGACUUACCUGGAUCAGGAAGAGAGUUAUGUCCCUUGGAGAGCAUUCAACGCCAACAUGGAUGUUAUAAGUGGACUGCUUACAACAACGGAGACUUACGGCAUGUUGGAGAGAUAUUUAAAGAAACUUGUAGCUCCUGUGUUCAGGAGAAUCGGGGUUUCUGUCACCGGAUCACUACCAAAAAAGUAUUUAAGACGGAUUAUUCUGGACGUAGCGUGUCGGGCCGGAGUGAAAGAAGCCGUGGAAUAUGCUCAUGCGAUGUUCAGGGAUUGGAUGGUGAACGGAACGAGACUUCCGGCGGAUUACGCCUUGACAAUCUACAGCGUAGGUAUACGGGAAGGUGGCGAAGAAGAAUGGAACUUUCUUUGGAAGAAAUCCGUGGAGACGAACGUACCAACUGAGAAGUCGACGAUGUUGGAAGCCUUGGCUCAAUCGCGCCAUCUGUGGAUUUUGUGGAGAUAUGUAAAUUGGGUGUUUGAUCAGCGCAUGAUUGAUAUGCAAGAUGUCCGACUGUUAUUCGGGUUUUUAGAGAAGAACCCAGUUGGUCGCAUGGUCUCCAGGCAGUUCGUAAGCGAGCAUUGGGAAGAGUUUAUUCGAAGGUUUGAAUACGACUGGUUCUCACUGCGGGAAAUUAUCCCUCACUUUACAGCUUAUAUCAGCUCUACCAACGAGCUGGAAGAGCUGGAAAGAUUGUACAAAGCGCACCCCCCAAACACAGCGGUGAAGGCGGCAGCCAGUUCCCUUGCACUAAUACGGUGGGGCAUAGAGCUAUAA